CACGUCUUCCACGUCUUCCACGUCUUCCACGUGUUCCCCACUACCACUACUACAAUUAGCCUUGCCAUCAUACAACCUCAACCCCACAACCUCACAAUUUCACCUUGCCAUCCACCUCACAACCUCACGAUGAACCCCGACCCCGAAUCCCACCUCCUCUCGGUCCUCAGCUCCCACGCCUCCUCCCUCGGCAGCGCGGACAUCAGCUGGGCGUUCGCGCACGCCAAGUCGUCGGUGCCGGUAUCGGAGUACAUAAGCACGUACCUUCUCCCGUCGUGCGUUCUCAGCCUCGAGGAGUCCGCGGUGCGCGUGCACCUCGAGAAGACAGGGCAAUGGCGACGUCUCGCCAGCAGCGGCGGGCCGCCGCUAUCGGAGCGCGAGAUCGCGCUGCAGGCCGAGGAUCUACGCGAGCGGAGUAGGGUGCUAAGGGAGAGGGCGAAGGAGGUGCGGGCUGCAGGCGAGACGCUGGCGGGCGUGCGGAGUAGGCGCAGGGCCGAGGGGGAAAGGAGGAAGAGGGCGGACGCGGUGAGGAGGAUGAAGUGGGUUGCUGAGAGGGAGGAGUUGCUCGCGGCGAGGGAUGAUCUUGUGGGGAUUCUGAGGGAGGAGGUCGCGGAUUUGAGGGAUUCGCUGGGGGAUAAUGAGAAGGAGGCGGAGGAGGUGGAGCGUGUGCUGCUCGGUGAUGAUAGGGUGCUCUUGCGGCUGGAGAAGUUGGCCGCUGGGCUAGUGGUCGCCCAGGAGGAGGAUACGCAGGAGGAGGUGGUCGAGAGGAUGCAGGGCCUUAUUGCCAGGCUGGCGGCGGUGGAGACGAGGGCGGUCAGGAAGAGGCUUGAACGGGUCUUUCGCGAGAAGGUGUCGGCGGGGGAGGGUGCCGAGAGAGGGCCCGAGGAGGUGGAGUUGCAGAAGGAGAUCGAUUCGCUGUACGCGGAGAUCCCAACGGUUGCGCAGGGGGCCGCGUAUAACCAGUUUCUAGCCCCGCUGAUGGUCACGAUUGCCGCGGCGACGAAGGAUCGAGGCGAGAAUUGGGCGCUCGGCGGGGAGUAUAUCUGCCAGGUCCUGCGGCAUUUGCGGAACCGCUUGGCCGCGAUGACGAGUUUCCUCAGCAGCUGUCAUGAUCGGGACGGGGCGGUGAUGACAUUGAUCGCGACGAUCGAGCGGGAGGCGGGGGCGACGGUUAUCGCUUCUCACAACGAGCGCCCCAGCACUCCGACCGCGAAGCCCCAACCACCGCGCCGUCUCGGCUCCCCGGUGAAGUUUAACGAUGCGGCAAGCAAGCUCGGGCGAAUACCGUACCUGACCCCCGCACGCCGGAGGGGUAAGAGCGUCGACUUCAGCAAGGACGCAUAUCCGGAGCUGGCGCUGCUCAGCCACUUGGGGAUCUCGCUGCCGCCCGGGUCUCCGUCCCGUAUCGCGUCCACGCCGCCCGUCAUCACAGACUCCUUCCUCGCCGCGCAGAUUGCCGCCGCCGCUGCAAAGGUCGAGAGCGUAUCUGAGUUUCCGACCGACUCGUGGGAAGCGGCGAGAGCACAGGCCGCGGAUGUGGCCAGGCUCCUUCGGGAGGGCUUGUGGGCGGGCAAUGAGUACGAGGUUGCGCCUAAGGAGGGGGAAGGCUCGGUAGUUGUUGUGAGACAGGAGAUUCGUGAUGGUGGGAAGGCUGUUGAGAAUGGCGUUAAGGAGUUGUCGAGUGUUAUGGGACGGCUGAUUGGUAUGGUAGAUGAGAUUGAGGGUCAGCGCGGCGAUGUGGGCAGGGAGGGGAGGAAGGGCGAGUUUGUGGGCCGCUGGGGUAGGUAAACGGACACGGUGCUGUACUGUACUUCAUGAUGACUUUUGUAAUAUUUGUAACGACCGGACUCACGAUGGGGAUG